AUGGCAAGCACAGAAACGGGCAUGAAGUGGCAGUGUGCUGCUGCACAGAAGCACACCUGCUCAGAAGAGCAGUCACACGACAGCACACCAGCACAUGGUGGUACAGCAGCACAUGGUGGUACAGCAGCACAUGGUGGUACAGCAGCACAUGGUGGUACAGCACAUGGUGGUACAGCAGCACAUGGUGGUACAGCAGCACAUGGUGGUACAGCAGCACAUGGUGGUACAGCAGCACAUGGUGGUACAGCAGCACAUGGUGGUACAGCAGCACAUGGUGGUACAGCAGCACAUGGUGGUACAGCAGCACAUGAUGGUACAGCAGCACAUGGUGGUACAGCAGCACAUGGUGGUACAGCAGCACAUGGUGGUACAGCAGCACAUGGUGGUACAGCAGCACAUGGUGGUACAGCAGCACAUGGUGGAACAGCAGCACAUGGUGGUACAGCAGCACAUGGUGGUACAGCAGCACAUGGUGGUACAGCAGCACAUGGUGGUACAGCAGCACAUGGUGGUACAGCAGCACAUGGUGGUACAGCAGCACAUGGUGGUACAGCAGCACAUGGUGGUACAGCAGCACAUGGUGGUACAGCAGCACAUGGUGGUACAGCAGCACAUGGUGGUACAGCAGCACAUGGUGGUACAGCAGCACAUGGUGGUACAGCAGCACAUGGUGGUACAGCAGCACAUGGUGGUACAGCAGCACAUGGUGGUACAGCAGCACAUGGUGGUACAGCAGCACAUGGUGGUACAGCAGCACAUGGUGGUACAGCAGCACAUGGUGGUACAGCAGCACAUGGUGGUACAGCAGCACAUGGUGGUACAGCAGCACAUGGUGGUACAGCAGCACAUGGUGGAACAGCAGCACAUGGUGGUACAGCAGCACAUGGUGGUACAGCAGCACAUGGUGGUACAGCAGCACAUGGUGGUACAGCAGCACAUGGUGGUACAGCAGCACAUGGUGGUACAGCAGCACAUGGUGGUACAGCAGCGUGA